UCAGUCCCGCCCCCCUCCGUGAGGGCUUGGCGGAGCCGCUGUUUGUGCGCUCGGGGCCGCGCCGGGAGGGCCCGGAGGAUCGCGGUGCCAUCGUGCCCAGCCCGGCCAUGGCCGCCCGCGGGGCCCAGCGGCCCAACGGGCACUCGCAGCCCAGUAAGAUCUGCCAGUUCAAACUGGUGCUACUGGGAGAGUCGGCCGUGGGCAAGUCCAGCCUGGUGCUGCGCUUCGUCAAGGGCCAGUUCCACGAGUACCAGGAGAGCACCAUCGGGGCGGCGUUCCUGACGCAGUCCGUGUGUCUGGACGACACCACGGUGAAGUUUGAGAUCUGGGACACGGCGGGGCAGGAGCGCUACCACAGCCUGGCCCCCAUGUACUACCGGGGGGCCCAGGCUGCCAUCGUGGUCUACGACAUCACCAACCAGGAGACCUUUGCCCGUGCCAGGGGCUGGGUGAAGGAGCUGCAGCGCCAGGCCAGCCCCAGCAUCGUCAUCGCCCUGGCCGGCAACAAGGCUGACCUGGCCAGCAAGAGGAUGGUGGAGUACGAGGAAGCCCAGGCCUACGCUGAUGACAACAGCCUGCUCUUCAUGGAGACCUCGGCCAAGACAGCCAUGAAUGUCAACGACCUCUUCCUGGCCAUUGCCAAGAAGCUGCCAAAGACGGAGCCGCAGAGCACGAGCGGGGCCGGGGGCCGGGGCCGGGGCGUGGACCUGAGCGAGCAGAGCCCGCAGGGCCGCGGGCAGUGCUGCAGCAACUGAGGGAUCCGCUGGGAUCCGCUGGGAUCAGAGCUGGGAUCAGAGCUGGGAUCCAGCCCAAAUCCAGCCAGGAUGGACUGGGAUUGACCCGGGAUCACAGCUGGGAUCCACCAGGACUGAACCCAGAUCCAGCCCGCAGGGCCGCGGGCAGUGCUGCAGCAACUGAGAGAUCACCGGGAUCCGCUGGGAUCCAGCCCAAAUCCAGCCCGGAUCCAGCUGGGAUUGAACCCAGAUCCAGCCAGGAUCCACCAGGACUGAACCCAGAUCCAGCUCACAGGGCUGGGGCCGGUGCUGCAGCAACUGAGGGAUCCACUGGGAUCAGAGCUGGGAUCCAGCCCAGAUCCAGCCAGGAUCGACUGGGAUCGACCCGGGAUCACAGCUGGGAUCCACCAGGACUGAACCCAGAUCCAGCCUGCAGGGCCGCGGGCAGUGCUGCAGCAACUG